AUGAGUUUCUCUCGAGAAGAGGAUGCUGGAGAGAGGCCCCACCCCAGGGAGAUCAAGCAAGAAGACCAGGAGGGGACCACGUUGCUGGGUAAGCAUCUUUCACUGUAGCAGUGGUUUUCCCGCUCCCCUCCCCAUAUUACCUUGCUAUUGUUUGCCGCCCUGGACUUCUUUGGGAGGAUUUUUUCAAAAUUUCAGAAACAAUUUUCCUGCCUUGCAGGGGGUUGGACUAGAUGACCCUUGGGUCCUUUUGUAGGGAUCGGAUGGGAUUACCAUAAGGAAUUAUAAAAUAUACAUCAAGCCGUCGUGUCCACGAUGAACGCAUUGUGUUGACUGGGUUUGAUAUAUUGACGAUAAUUUCUGAUUAAAUCCCGUAAGAUUCUACAUUCAUGCCCUUUUGCCUUUACUGCCCAUUUUUCUUUCUUCACAAGUCACGUGCACACUUCAACAGACAGGCAGGCAUCCUGGGUCAUCUAAAGACUAUGGGCAGUUUCUUUGAUGUAGCUUUUCUAAUAGGUAAUCUUAGGAUAUUAAUCUUAGGGCCAGGAAACAGGUUUCACAUUAAGGUGAUAAUGGUCACUGUCCUCUUGGCCAUCCUUCUUCUCAUGUGUACUGAUUGUUUAUGAUCUCCGGGGUUGCGGUAUUUGCUCCUUUGUAGUUUUUAUUCAUUUACUCCAGAGUAUGUAUGCCUAACUAGUGUUUAUAGUUUAACUUUGUCCCCACCUGAGGUUUGUUUGAAUGCUCAGAGGAAAUCUGAUUGGUUCUUACGAGCACUGUGUAAAGGAUUCUUUUGCUAAUAAAAUGGCCUGGUGAGGGGUGUGGUGUACGCACUCCCUCCGAGAGCCUUGCAGAUCAAAGCCUCGUGUCUUAUUUUAAUCAGGGUCCAUUCCUUCCUUUGGCCUCAGAACGCAACACCUUUCUAGCCUUACAAUUCUGUGAUUCGAUGAUGAUGAUACAGUAAGAUUUCCCAAGAAAACGCUGCCCUUAACCGAACAGAGAAAAGUCUAGAGAUGCAAAAAUGAGGGGAAGCUGGGAAUUCCCCCUCUCCAGUUCUUUCUCAGUCCUUCACAUCUUCUUGUCACCUUGGCUGAACGACUCCUGGCUCUCCACAACAAGAAACGUGAGGUUUUGUUCUGUUGUUUGUUUCUCCAGCAACUGGUAUUCAGAGAUAGACUAAUUUUGAACAUGAAGGUUCCAUUUAGGCUUUCUAAGAAAAGCCCUGCUGGGUCAGGCCAGCAUACUAUCUUUUCCAGGUUCCAUUUUUAACAAGCUUCUGUUUUUUAUUCCAGCAGGCCAUGGCUGGGAGAGCGAGGAAGAAAGGCCCUCAUUUGAGGUGCCGUUGGAAAGAAUAAAGCCUCGAGACCCAGAAGAGGGCUUUGGGGAUCAAGACAGGACGAGGCAGGAAGAGAGAAUACAAACAGACAAGAGUCAGAGUGAUAAAUCCAUCCAUUGCCGGAGUGCUGAAUCUGGUAAAACUGUAGCACAACGAAGAAUUUCCAUGGGAAAGCGACAGUUUGUGUGCAAUAUUUGUGGGAAAACUUUUACUCAGAAAUCAAACCUCAACAGGCAUCAGAGAAUCCACACGGGAGGGAAAAAGUAUCAGUGCUUUAAGUGUGGGAAAACCUUUAAUUGGGAGACUAGCUUUACCAGACACCAGAGAUUCCAUACAGGUGAAAAGCCUUACCCGUGCUUAGAAUGCGGGAAGAGCUUCAGUCGGAGUGCAAACCUUAUCAUCCAUCAGAGAAUUCACACAGGAGAGAAACCGCACCAGUGCAUAGACUGUGGUCAGAGCUUUAGUCAUAUCUCCAACCUCGUCAGGCACCACAGAGUUCAUACUGGAGAGAAGCCUUAUAAAUGCCUAGAGUGUGGGAAGGGUUUCACUCAAAAAUCAAACCUUAUCAAACAUCAGAGCGUGCACUCGGAUGACAAACCACACAGGUACUCUUCUUAUGGGAAGAGAUUCAGUCAGAGGCCAAACCACAACAGACUCGAAAGGAUUCCUUUUGGAGAAAACGCAUGCAAAUGCUUCAAGUGUGGGAAGGUCUUUUCCCGGAGAGGGAACCUCCUCAGGCAUCAGAGCAUCCACACAAAAGAUAAGCCGCAUAAGUGUCCAGAAUGCGGGAAACGUUUCAACCAGAGGACAAACCUUAACGCUCACCAGAGAAUUCACACCGGAGAGAAGCCUUACAAAUGUCCGGACUGUGAAAAAUGCUUUCGGUGGAGAGCACACCUCCUCAUACACAAGAGACUGCACACGGGGGAGCAACCGCACAAGUGUGGUGAUUGUGGGCAGAGCUUUAGCCAGAGAUCCAACCUUGUGAGACAUCACCGAAUCCACACAGGAGAGAAGCCCUACCGAUGCUCAGACUGUGGGAAGAGCUUUGGUCAGAAAUCGAACCUGAUCAAACAUCAAAAGAUUCACACUGAAGACGAUACUCUCAAUCUGAAACCAAACCAUAUUCGGCGCGAAAGAAUUAUCACAGGAGAAAACCUGUAUAAGUGUUUCAGAUGUGGGAAAACAUUUUCCCGGAGAGGGAACCUUCUUCGACAUCAGAGCAUCCACAGCAGGGAGAAACCACACAAAUGCUCUGACUGUGGGAAGAGGUUCAAUCAGAGAACGAACCUCAUCAGCCACCAGAGGAUUCACACAGGUGAGAAGCCUUUCAAAUGUUCGGAUUGUGGGAAGAGUUUUCGUCAGAGCCCGCACCUUAUCAAACAUCAGAAAGUCCAUACAGAAGAGGAGGCAUCAUACAGAAGUUCAGGUUGUCCGGAAAGUGUAGAUCCAGGGUUGAACCCUAGCAGACAUGAGAGAAUUGAGGUGGGAGAAACCCCGUAUGAAUGCCUUAAGUGUGGGAAAAUCUUUAAUUGGCAAUCGAACUUUAUCAGGCAUCAGAAAAUCCAUGCUGGUGAGGAGCCUCACAAAUGCUCUGACUGUGGGGGGAAAUUCAACCGAAGGAAAAACCUCAUUGCCCACCAGAGAAUCCACAUGAGAGACAAGCCCUACAAAUGUCCAGAUUGUGAACAGAGCUUCACGUGGGAAGCUCACCUUAUCAUCCAUCAAAGAAUCCACACGGGAGAGAAACCCCAUCAAUGCACAGAGUGCGGGCAGAGCUUCAGCCAGCGGUCCAACCUUAUCCGGCAUCAGAGAAUCCACACGGGUGAGAAGCCCUACAAAUGUACAGACUGUGGCCAGAAUUUCAGUCAGAGAACGCAUCUUGUUGUACAUCAGAGAACGCACACGGGAGAGAAACCACACAAAUGCCUGGACUGUGGGCAAGGCUUCAGUCAAAGGGCGCACCUUACAGUGCACCGGAGAAUCCACACAGGGGAGAAGCCCCACAGGUGCGUGGACUGUGGGCAAGGCUUCUGUCAAAGAUCUAAUCUUAUCAGGCAUCAGAAGACCCAUGCCUGUGAGAAGAACAAAUAA